ACCACUCCAAGAGAGGUAGCAAUGGCUAGCCACCGCAACACCAUCUUCGGCACGCAAAUCAGCAGCGGAGCUGGGCACGGUGGUGGUGGUAACGGUGGUAAUGGCUACGGCGGAGGACGACAGUCCAUGCACGCCCCCGGCGCUUCUUCGUUGUCGACUUCUUCUGGACAGAAUGGCGCGGCGGUUAAGGCUAGGCAGAUUUCCCAACUCCACGCUCAAUUAACGCAACUAUCCAAUAACCUCGCCGACACCGAGAACCUCUUGCGCAUGACCAGCGUGCAGGCAGAGUGCAUGAGGGGGCUGGGGAGUUGGCAUGGUGGAUUAUUCAUGGCAGCAAGUAAAGUCCUAGGAGAAGAAAGUGUCCAGAGUGUGCAGGCUCAGCAGGUGGUUGAGCAGCAGCAGGGUGGUGGUCAAGGUGGUCAAGGUGGGCAGGGUGGGCAACAGAGGUGAGGGUGUGUUGGAAAAUGGGGAUGAGGUUGCGGUUGGGUUGUGGACUAUGGAAACAUUCAGUUUGAACAAGCGGGAGCAAGGAGAAACAGGAGGUCAAAGCAAUCACGAUGAUACGGGACACAGAGUUACGCGUAACAGAGCAACGAAUUAUACCAUGCCAUGUAUGUACAUGAAAGAUUAGUUGUUGGAGGUUGUAGAUAUGUGUGAAAGGUCGGCUUCC